AUGAAAAUAUAUAAACUUUGCUAUCAUUUUGGCCGUUAGAGAGCUUUGAGAUUGCGUCUCUCCGCUGGUGCCGUGUCUCUCACCUGUGUAGGCGAUCUGGCUGGCUCAGCGCUGAUGCCUCUAUGUAUCUGUCUGCCUCUGAGAUGUAUCUAACAGAUAGUUUUUCGCUCGCGUAGUCGGUGUCUAAAUGCUGCGGCGUUCACUGCUAAGUAAUAUUCUCGGUCCCGAAUCGACAGCUGUGAAGAUGCAAGCGUGAAAUAGCCCGAGUUUCUUGAUGCAAGCCCCACGAAAGCGAAACAAUCGAAAGUUUAAUUAGAAAAGAACUCAACGCGAAAAAAAGCAAACUAAUUCAGACAAGGACAAGCAUGGACCUGUCCUGGCUGCUGCUGCUAAUCGCCGCCCUCUCCACCACCCAUGGCUACAACAUCGAUCUGCCCAGUUAUGUUCGCUUCCGGCAGGCCACCAAUUCCAUGUUCGGAUUCAGCAUUGCGAUGCACAAGGGACGCAGCAAUUUCUUCAGCAAUCAGAACAACUGCAGCCUGAUUGUUGGGGCCCCACAGUUCGACACCUCCCGUUACCAGCCAGGUGUGGAGGUGGGCGGCGGCGUCUUCAAGUGCAGCAUGAACGAUGAUGACUGCAAACUGGUGACAUUCGAUUCCAAAGGUAACAAUCGGAAUAGCGACCAUCAGAUUGUGGACAGAAAAUCCCAUCAAUGGCUAGGAGCUACGGUGGCCACAGGACGCGAUAAUGAUAUGGUUGUGGCCUGUGCCCCGCGCUAUGUGUUCCAUACGAUGACACCAACCACAACGUUCCGCAUUGAUCCCGUGGGCACCUGCUUCACCUCGCGCGACUUUGAGCGCUUCCACGAGAUCUCCCCCUGCAGGACAAACUACUGGGGUUAUCAUCGCCAGGGCUCGUGUCAGGCGGGAUUCAGUGCAGCGAUCAAUGGGAAUGGCUCGCGUCUGUUCAUUGGCGCACCUGGCAGUUGGUACUGGCAAGGACAAACCUACUCAAUACCGCCCGAUGCCGAGUUUCCAUUUAAGCCGCCUUUGUAUCAGCCCUUCGGCACUGGAGGUCAGGCCAGCUCUCAUGACGUUACCAGGCCGGAGAACCAGGUCUUCUCCACCUCAGAGAGCUCCUCGGCUAAUGAUGACUCCUAUUUGGGUUACUCCAUGAUCACCGGCGACUUCAAUGGCGAUCGGAGCGAAGAUGUGGCCAUUGGAAUGCCGCGUGGCGCCAAUCUUGUGGGCAGGAUCGUGGUCAAUAACUGGAACAUGGCGAAUAUCUUCAACAUUACGGGUCGUCAGAUUGGCGAGUACUUUGGCUACUCCUUGGCCACCAGCGAUGUUGAUGGCGAUGGUUUGGACGAUCUGAUCAUUGGCGCACCCAUGUACACGGAUCCCGACAAUGUCGAGGGCAAGUACGAUGUGGGACGUGUCUAUAUCCUGCUGCAGGGUGGCCAGACCGAGGACAGGCGCUGGAGCAUCGAGCAUAUCCGCGACGGCCUCCACAGCAAGGGACGCUUCGGUUUGGCCCUGACCACGCUGGGGGAUGUGAAUGGUGAUGGGUAUGGUGACUUUGCCGUAGGCGCUCCCUACGACGGACCCGAGGGCAGGGGCGUGGUCUACAUCUUCCAUGGAUCGCGCAACGGUCCACUGGCCAAGCCCUCGCAGGUGAUCAAGUCGGAGCAGAUUGUCGAGGGAGCACCCUAUCCGCGCACCUUUGGCUUUUCGCUGUCCGGCGGCGUCGACAUGGACGGCAACACGUAUCCGGAUUUGGCUGUGGGCGCCUACACCUCCGACCAGGUGUUUAUCUUUAAGGCUCGGCCCGUGGCCGCCGUGAAUGCGGAGACCAGCUUUGCCAGCAACUCCAAGCUGAUCAGUCUGGAUGACAGAAGCUGUCAGCUGCAGCGGGAUCACAAGCAGGUGCCCUGCAUGCUCCUCUCCACCUGCUGGAGCUACACGGGUCGCUACCUGCCCGAGCAGCUGGACUUUGAUGUAUCCUGGCUGCUGGACGCCAAGAAGCUGCCCAAUCCGCGCAUGUUCUUCCUCCGCGACGAGGGCAAGAAUAUCCGGAAUCAGACCAUUCGCUUGAACUAUGGCCAGAAGUACUGCCUCAAUGAGACGGUGUAUCUGAUGGACAAGGUCCAGGACAAGCUGACGCCCCUGGAGGUGGAGGCCCGGUACAACCUGCGCAGCAAUCGGAAUCCCAUGGAGCCGGUGGUGCGACGCAGGAGGAGCACCCUGGAGCCAAUUAUCGAUCAGAAUCGGGAGAUAGUGCUAAGGGAUGCCAUCAAUAUCCAGAAGAACUGUGGACCGGACAAUAUCUGUGAGCCGGAUCUCAAGCUGGAAGUCAAAACCGUGGACAAGUAUCUGUUUGGCUCGCCCGAGCCCCUGGUCAUCGAGGUCCUGAUCUCGAACAACAACGAGGAUGCCUUCGAGGCUGCCUUCUACAUGCUCACUCCGCCGGAUCUGCAGUUCCGCAAGCUGCAGCAGCUGGGCGAGAAGAAGGACACACCCAUUACCUGCUCGCCGCCCACACCGGCCAACAAUCACACGCUCAAGUGCGACAUUGGCAAUCCUCUGGAGUCUGGAAAGAUUGCCCACUUCAAGAUCAGCCUGGUGCCGGAGGAGAAGUACGGCAGCUCCUCCAGCUAUGACUUCUACUGGGAGGCCAACUCUACGAACCUGGAGAAGGAGGGCUCCGAUUUCGACAACAAGAUCCGCCAGAGCGUCGGCAUUUGGGUGGACACUGACCUGGACAUCAAGGGCACCUCUCUGCCCGACUAUCAGCUGUACAAGGCGGAUGACUAUACCACCCUUGAGAAUGCCACCAAGGAGGAUGAGAUUGGACCCCAGGUGGUGCACAUCUACGAGAUCCGCAACAAUCGUCCGUCGAUCAUUGAGGAGGCGGAGGUCCGCAUUCAUCUGCCCUACGAGACCAUCGUGGGCGAUCCGCUCAUGUAUCUCCUGAAUCAGCCGGAGACCGGCGGCAAGAUCCACUGCGACGAGGUGCUGGUCAACGAAAAUAACCUGCUGUUGGACGAGAAGCUGGCGAGGAAGUCGUAUCUGCAGGCCCAGGGUGCCAUCUCGAAUUCCGCGCUGGUCGCGGGACAAUCCUCAUCCUCUUCCUCCUCCUCCGGCUCAUCCUCCUCGGGAGGCAGUGCCGCCAAAGAGGGCGGCGGUCACCUGGAAAUCUCCCAGGGCGGCGGUGGUUCGGGUCAGGCCGUCUUGGUCAGCAAGACGGAGGCCAAGAACCGGCUAACCGCCAAGCAGCUGGCGGAACUGGAGCACGAGGACACCUUGGAGGUUCCCGGCGAUGCCUCCUUUGUGCACCGAGAUCGUGCCACCCAGGCGGCGGUCCAGGUCCAGAAGCCACGCAUCAACCAAUCCAGUUACGCCACCUUCUCCACCAGCAGCAGCUCAUCGGGAGGAUCUCCCUCGGCCCAGCUGCGUGGCCACAGCACCCAGGGUCACAUCCAGAUGGCCGGACCUGUCCAGCAGUCCAGCAGCUCGGGCAACUAUCGUGCCUGGCCGCAUCAGCAGCAGCAUCAUCAGAUCCUUCUGGCCGGAGCGGGUUCCGGGGGAGCUGGAGCUUCCGGCAGCUUCAAUGACAAGUCACAGUUUGGCGGCCGGGCGGGCAACUUCCAUGCCGGCACCCUCGACCUGGGCACCCUGGGUAACCGAGGCAAUGUGGACAACGAGCUGUAUCAGCGGAGCCAGAGCGGUGGUCACUACCAGAGUCCCGGCCAGACCGUGGGCCAGAGUCAAGGCCAGUUCCGGGUGCAGAGCCAGGGGCUGGGACAGGGACAGUAUCAGGGUCAGAACCAGGGCCAGUUCCAGGGCCCCAGCCAGUCCUACCAGGGACAGACGCAGUUCAGCAGUGCGCCCGGUGGCUAUCAGACCCACCACGUCACCUUCUCCUCCGGCGGCAGCAAGCCCUACUAUGGCCGCGAGAACGAGGACUACUACGACGAGGAUAAUCUGCAGCAGGCCACGCCCGCUUCCACGGGACACUGGAGCAGCUCCAGCUCCGCCCAGAGACGUCUGCGAAGGACGCCGGAUGAGGACGAGGAGCAGCAGCCACGACAGAUCGAUCUGAAUUCGCCGUGCAAGUCGGCCAAAUGCAAGACCAUCCGGUGCGUGGUGAGCAAUCUGGGAACGGAGGAUGGCGACGCCGCCUUCGUGGCCAUACGGGCGCGUAUGGUGGCCAAGACCAUGGAGAAACUGGCCUCGAACGUGCCACUAAACGUGUCCACGCUGGCGGUGGCCAGUGUCACCCUGCUGCCGUUCAUUGGGUCGCCCAAGGACCCCAUCGAGAAGACGCACGAGAUCUUCUACAAGGCGGAACCGGAACCGCAGCAGGUGCCGGAUGUGGUGCCCCUGUGGGUGGUUGUCCUGGCUGCCUGUGCCGGUGCCCUCAUCUUCCUCCUGCUGGUCUGGUUGCUGUACAAGUGUGGCUUCUUUAAUCGCAACCGGCCAACGGAUCACUCGCAGGAGCGACAGCCACUGCGGAAUGGCUACCACGGCGACGAGCAUCUGUAGAUCCUGCCCAAGGGGAAAAUGAUGACAGAAAAACGCAACAAAUAUUAACACGACGACAUGCCACGAAAAAUAAGUACUUCUAACAUCGCACUAAACCAAAACGUACUAAAAAGCAAAGGGCGUACUAAAAAAGGCGAACUAAAAGCUGGGUUCCAAACCGAAGCGAUGGUACAAGCCGUGUUAUACGAAAAUCAAACAGUUAUCCGGCGGAUAAAUCCCUGUAAAUUCAAAGGGGAAACCAACAAGAAAACACAUUUAAACUUGCCUAGUCACGACAUGAGGAACUUUCUAAUAUGCGUAAAGGUUUUUUUUACUCGAUUGAAUAAUGUUAAUUUCUUUGUAAUUAUUUUUAUUUCGAGGAAAGUUCAGCAAGUGCUAUUAUUAAGCCCGUACUAAAAAGCAGGAAAAAGGAGAAGCCUAAGCUAAGUGUGUGUAAAUGAAGUGAGUGUGUGAGAGAGCUACUGUCUGAAUGCGAGUGUAAGCGAAUGUGAGUGAUAGUUAAAAAAAGAUUUAAAAAUGAAUAUAGAAACACGGAAAUAUCAGAAUCAAAGCCUGCCGCGCGCUGUCAAGUUGGUCCUUUAAAAGUACUGCCAUGCCCCCUUUUCUUAGGCAACUGCAGAGGCGGGGAGGCGGAAAAGCAGAGGUGCUAAUUUACCGUUUUUUUUUUUUUUAUUGUUUAAAAGCUAUAAUCAAGUUUCUUGAGCAUUUUGUUGGCGUAUUCAAAUUAAGAAAAAAUUUAAAAAAAAACUUGUUAUGUGGAAAAUCGUUUGCCAAAACUCAAAGUUCGCGGAAGAAGAAAGUUACAACGCCAAAAUGUGUUGAAAAUGCAAAAAAAAACUAUAUAAAAAAAUGAAUAAGAAAAAAAACAAAUUAUUGGAUUAAUCUAUGUAAUUAUUUACUUGUAACUCUUUGUGUAUAUACUAAAAACAAGAAACGACGACGAGAUGGAAUCAGUUGGGAAGAGUUAAAUCGUUUUAUUUAAAUUAAUAAUGCAUUUAUUUCCAAACUACAAUGGGAGAAGCGCUGACCGACUUCUUGCAGUGUACUCUUGAAAUAAACCCCUUGUACUAAGCCUUACUUUCGCCCCUCCCCCUGCUCACAGUUUAGUUUAGUUCAAUUAUACGCUAAUGUUUAAUUUAUUAACUGUACUUAUUACUGAUUGCCCCCCACUUUCCCCACUACUUUUUUUUUGCUAAUUUCUGUAUUACAUUUAACGAUUUACAAUAAAAAGAUACGAAUAAAAAUGACGGUCGAGUUGUGUAAAAUUAAAAA